AUGCUGGACUGGCUCAGAGGUCUUGCGGAGGAAGGGCGAAUCGGCGCCAUUGAAAGGAAAAAGGAGGAGAGGCAACGGUUGGUCGAGUUCGAUACGAUACGACAGGGCGUCCCGAAUGGAUGGGGACGCCUCUAUGGGUUUCGGGAACGUGAUUGUGCAGAGGUGUCAAAUGGCUGUGAAUCGACGUGCUGCGAAUUCUUUUUCCGUCUCCGGAGUUCCUGGCGUGGACCAGGCUCGUGGGCCAAGGGACAAGAGGACCUCCCAGCACCGAGCAAUUUUCCACAUUUCCGCUUCCCUCCUCUUCUCCUUCUCCCUCUCCGCCUCAGUCGAUUCGUUCGCAAUCUCAACCUCGAAUCCAAGCUCAUCCUCCGCCACACGAAUCUGACCCACCCUCUCACUCCCUCGAAAUGGAACAAAACCCCCUCCAAAGCCUCGGGCGUACGCGAGCUGUUGGUGUACGUUUUUAUAGGGAGGGCAGUCCCUGCGUAUACGAUUGCGGGCGGUCGCCCGUUGAGAGGGAGAGGCGUGUCGAUUUUCCCUGAGCCUGUAAUGGAGGGGGAGUUGAACGAAGGAAAUCCUUCAUUACUACGCGAAGACCUCCUUCGCACAAGAUUCAACAAUACGUACUAUGGCAAUGCAGAGUUGAAUGAAGGAAACACUUCACUACUACGCGAAGACCUCCUUCGCACAAGGUGUAGGCUUGUAGAGGCGCGAAAUGGCGAGACAGAGCUGACUGACAAAUGUGAGGUCGACGGAUCUGUAGGAGCUCCAAUUGCAAUCGCACCUGGACGAGCUGCGGGGCUGGAACGUCAUUACAAACGAAUCGCCGCUUUACUCAGUGUGGAGAUAUUCCAAGCGACUGCUUGUUUACCCGACAAGAACUCUGGUGAUAGGUCUGCCAAGGUCGAGGGACACAACUUGGAAACAGAGGAAAGAUGA